CGUCAUUGUGCACAUGGCGCCGCAGAGCGCCCAUAUUUGAUGGUCAAGCUUUUUAGGCAGUUUAGACUGAAUUAACUUUUAUUUGAAAUGAGUUGUCGUCCCAUUAAUUGGUCUGAGCACAAAAUAACGUGCAUGUGUGGCGUUUGGUGUGUGCACUGAGCCAGUAAAGUGUUUGGCCAAUGCAAAUUGGAUGUGUCAUUGAGCCUUCAAGAAGAAGAUAAAGGAUAUAUCUUCAACAAAAUGCAGUUAUUAUCUACAUCAUUGGUGCUGCUCAUCUACCUUUUUGGUAUAGUUGCAUCAUUUAAAGCUCCUGAUGUUGAUUCUGCUCCUCUUCCUUUCGACUUGUUUUUGCCAACUCACCAACUACAUAGAAUGCUUGGAGUUAGUGCUGAGCUGUUCUACGUUCGGAAUGGGAAGGUCAACAAUUAUGCUCUUGCUUUUAAAAUGCCUGUCCCUCCUACCCAAGAAGAAGUCGUCUUCCAAUGGCACAUGAAACUUCCGCAACAGGUUGUCUAUGAGAUCUCAUUGAAUGCAUCUGAUGCAUUGAGGGAAGGAGCCUCAGUGAACAUAAGUUUGACAGGGGCUCUGCCGACAUCCUUGAAGGCAUUCUCGGUGGCCAUGAAAUGCAAAACACCCUCUGCUGAUUCCCAGUCAGUUGAAGUGGGCAUUAAUAUCUCCUCCAUUGGAUUUCUGCAGAUGCAGUUCCAGAAGUCUUGCUUAACUUCAGCUGUGAUUGGAGGUGAUGAAAAAGCUGCUGAGAACAUUAAUGAGGAUUCAUGGAUGAACAAUGGGAUCAUGGGGAUUAUCUAUCAGGGUGUAUGCCUUGCCAUUACCACUUCUGUUGCAUUCUUCUGUACCCUUUUUACGGUGUGGAUGGUCCGUCGAAAGCACGACUUGAAGCUUCCUCACCAAUCUGGGCAGAGUGAAGGAGGGGAUACAGGGGGCGAGACAAAGACCGUCGUGACCGUGACCGGCUGUCCACCAACCCCGACAACCGGCACGUUGGACACUGCUAGGAGACCUUCACUUUCACAGCUUAGUCUUCUUAGUCCAUCUUCACAUAUCAGUAAUCCUGAGGUUCAGGAGGAGAAUCUCCUUGCAAUAAGCAUUGAGCCAGCAAACCUUAGCAUCAAGGAGACAUUACUGGAAGGGACUUUUGGGAGGAUUGCUCGAGCACAACUCAAUGGCAAUGAUGUCUAUAUCAAAGCCUUGGGAGAUGUUGCAUCAGAGAACCAAGUCACAAUCUUCAAAAAGGAAGGUUCCCGAUUCCUUUCCCUGCAGCAUAUUAAUCUCCUCGUUCCAGAAGCAGCUGUGCUUUUGCCACCAAUUCUCAUCUACGCCUGGCCAGAAUAUGGAAAUUUAAAAAAAUACCUGGUGGAGCUGAGAAGUGGUGGAACCGAGGUGGGUUCGACCAUCUCGUCGAGGUGCCUCUCGACUCUAGAAGUGGCAAUUCUCUCCCUCCAAUACCUGUCGGGUGUUCUUUACCUCCACGAGCAGGGUUUCAUUCAUCGAGACCUAGCGACGCGCAAUGCCACCCUGAGCGAUGGCCCACGCGUAACUGUGACGGAUAACGCCCUGUCGAGAGAUCUCUUUCCCGGUGAUUAUCAUUGCCUGGGGGACAACGAGAACCGUCCCGUCAAGUGGCUCGCCUAUGAAAGCCUCUCUCAUCGCAAGUUCACUCCCCUCUCCGACAUCUGGUCCUAUGGCGUCGUAGUGUGGGAGAUUCUGACCCUGGCGCAGCAGCCCUACGCCGAACUGGACCCGUUCGAGGUGAAGAACGUCCUCAAGUCUGGUCAUCGCCUCUCGCAACCCAAGAACUGUCCCGAUCAACUCUAUCGACUCCUGACCUUCUGUUGGUCGCAGAAACCGGAGGAGAGACCAUCCGGUCAGCAGAUACGACAAUGCCUCCUCAACUUCCUUCAGCAGCUGGACAAGUUUGUCUGAUUUUAUUAUGUGUUCCCAUGCAAAUUGCAUUUUGAUCUCUGAUUUAUGAGGUUUUUUUUACUGGAUCUGAC